ACCCCGGGCAUUGCGAAGUACCCUGAGGCUGUGAAUGGCUUGGUUGAAAAUUCCCUGACUGUCAGCACGCAACCGUCCAAUAAUAAUAAUGGGUCUACACCAGAUCCGUCUCACGAAGUGACUUCUGAGGUAGAUCGGCUUGUGGAUUUGUCGAAUUUAGGCUCGGAAAAUACUAGCGGCCGACGUCGCUAUCGUCGCGGGGACUUCGAAUCGGGUGUACGACUUCCGAACACCACGUUGGGCAAUGAUCCGUUCAGUCAAUUGGAUCCGUUUAAUGCCCUGGCCGAGUUCGCAGAUUCCCCUGCAUCUUGA